AUGACUGAGCUGAAUAAAGAGGAAAUCCUGGGACUUUGGCGCUUAAGAUCGUUGCUUCACGAGCUGAAGGCCAACCUUUUCGCUGCCCUUGCCCGCGGCGAGAAGUGUGUGCUGAAGCUUGUUGCUGGCUCGCUGGAGACACCUCCCAUUGACGGCGCUUGCUCGGCGAUUGUCAGGGCAUGCCAUGAACACCUCCAGAUAUGCAAAUUGGAAAUUGAUGGCCUCAAAGACCUGCCGAUCUACAUGUCACCAGUCAUCCCCAUGACGGCAGAGGAGUUUGACGGCUCAGAGCUGGACAGCUUCUUCCGCAAGAUUGGGAUAGGCUACGACGUGCUCUUGUUUCUCGACUCCAUUGAGGAAGUCAUGCACCUGUCGGAACAAAGCCAGUCGGAUCCUGACUUUGCUGCACGGAUCGAAGUCAUUCAGGUGGCUUGCCCACCACCGACAACAGCAGCUGCUACGCCGACGGCCGGCUCCUGUGGGCUUCGAGUGAGCUGGGCUGCCUUCGAGCUGCUGGAAAUGCUGGGUUUGCUUGCGUCGAGGUAUGGUCCCUCACUUUUCCUCGGCGACAUUGAUGGCACAGGUGGUGAAGAAUUAGCCAUGAAGCAGGCGCUGAACUUGGCUGCGAAGGCCAUGCUGAAUCUGACGCAGGAGUUGCAUCCUAAGUUUGAAGACAAGCUUUGGAAUCAGACGGACACUCGGCUUGAUCGUGGUUCAGAGGCAGCUGAGACGGCAGAGGAGAUGCUCUUGCGAGGCAUGGUCAGCAGCUUGAAGGAGCAGAACGAUCUCCAGCGCAGCGAGAUCGUCGCCCUGAGAUCCAGACCAGCCCAGGAGUCCAAGGAACCCAAGGAGCUAGUGGACGCAGAGGUGCAGACCGUCAACGACACAGGAUGCGACGCAGCUGGCUCAGCGGCUGAUGCCACCUGUGAGGCGCAGCAAAUGCAGCUAGAUAUGCUGCACCAGGAGGUUGGCAACAAAAGUCGGGAGCUGCGCCGCUCACAAGACACAGUCAAGUUGUUGCGUUCGGAGCUCGAGCAGCAGCGGCAGGUCUCCGAGCAGUUCCGUUUGCAAACGGAGAUGCUGGAGGAGCAGCUGCGGCGGACAAAUGAACGGCUCAAGAAGUUGGAGAAGACGUCUGCAGAGGUGAGGCACAUGACCUCGACGGGCGAGAUGCCGGAAAUGCCUUCGUCCUCGUUGCCGAAGUCAUGGAAGGGCUCGUCUGCAUGCAGAUGCUUCUCCGAUGACGAAGCUGAGGGCAGUUCAGCAGAUGAGCAAGCCCAAUGUGCCGCAACGGGCUCACGGUGA